AAGCCCCGGGAUCCGGCCGUAUCCGAUCCGCAGCGGACCGUAUCCUGUAGAUUCACUAGCUAGCCUGCCUAGGCGCCUAGCCCCCUGCCGCCGCGAUAUCUCUCCGUUGCCGCCGAACCGCCGCCGCCUCGUGAUCUCCCCCUCCUCCCCUCUCUCCGUAUAGUCUUCGCCUCCCAACCGUCCCGUGUGAUGACCUGACCUCACUUUAUAUAAACCCACCCCUGGGUGAGGCUGUGACAUGCUCUCACAUCGACCAGUGUCACACUCGCAUCGCACCACAUCAGUCCAUUAGAGGAGUGGUCCUGAGUAGCAGUCUUCCUCUCUGUUCUCUUGGCCUGUGCGUGAGGGAGUGAGGCGAUCGAUGGCGAGCUGCAAGGUCCGUGGAGUGGAGGGGAGCGCGCCGGCGCCGCACGUCCUCGCGGUGGACGACAGCUCCGUUGACCGCACCGUCAUCGCCAGCAUCCUCCGGAGCUCUCAGUUCCGCGUGACGGCCGUCGACAGCGGGAAGAGGGCGCUGGAGCUGUUGGGCUCUGAGCCCAAUGUGAGCAUGAUCAUCACUGACUACUGCAUGCCGGAGAUGACCGGAUAUGAGCUCCUCAAGAAGGUCAAGGAGUCGUCCAGGCUGAAGGAGAUUCCUGUGGUGAUCAUGUCCUCGGAGAACGUGCCAACCAGGAUCAACAGGUGCUUGGAGGAAGGAGCAGAGGAUUUCCUGCUGAAGCCCGUUCGGCCUUCCGAUGUGUCGCGCCUCUGCAGCCGCGUCCUCCGGUGA